AUGCUUGAGACCAGCAGGAGGUCCGCCAUAAGUACGUCGGAGCUAGGGCUCUAUUCGGAUCGCAGUGAUCGAUACAACAGGAAUCGCUACGGCCUGAUCGUGAGGAAGUUUACGAUCGGCGUUAUGGUGGUGGUAACGGUGAUCCUGGUGGCGAUAUUCAUGUACGACUUCGCGUCCGCCAUGUCGGCGAACAGCAAAGUCAACCAAGAAACGAAGCACAUAUACAUCCUGCAGAAUGCCCUGAAGAAGUCGCCGAACCUCUCGAGGAAGUCGCUCAACUCCACGAUUCUACCCGAGGCGAUCGUUCUCAAUCAGACGGACACCUUCCCCGCGGAGAGUCGCAGUUCGGACGAGGCGAGCUACGAAAGUCCGACGCAGCGAAACGGAAGCGUCGAGCCGGCGCCGGCCGAGUCCCGCAUCAUGAGAUCGGGCGAACCCGAGUCCCGGGCGCAGAAUUUGCACAACUUCAAACAACGGAAGAGGGUGCUGAAGUCCAUUGUGGAUGACGGCAAGGAGAACGAGAGGCCCGGGGCCAAGCAACUGCUCGACAACCACGCGAUUGUUUAUCGUGUGAGACAGAGAUACAAACAUCCUGAUUCGGAUGAAGAGGACAUCAGCGCGGAGGAGACCCGACCGACGCCGUUUCAUUGGGAAUUCAAGACGCCGCAUCCGUCCUCCUUCAAACGACCGAGGUAUCCGCAAUUGUCGCAAUACCGGUACCCGCAGUCAUCGAGAAACAUACAGGAUAUCAUAAAAUAUCUGACGAAUGAUGCCGAGAUGCCGAAUCGCGGCAUCAAGUUCACCGGCGUCUAUAUGAAUCCGAAGAAGUAUGAUCUGUUUCCCGGUAUAGGGGAGAUGAUGUCCGGCAGCGACAAAUCUGAAGAGGACGAGACGCCCCCGUAUUCGCCUACGUACAGUAACGAUCCAUUUUACCAGUACAAACCGAAACAUCCGGCGGACGUCAAUCUGUUGGCCACGUCUAACGUGAGAUUCUCGCCGACCGGAUUACAUCGAUAUAGCCCUUACUACGAUACUCUGUACUCUCGACCUUUGUACAACUACAACAAGCCGAUCGUGACGGAGCCGCAGUACGAGAACGUGGGCGCGUACUCAUCGAAUACUUUGGGGAAGAGCCGGAAGCCGAAGCCGUUCAGCGUGAUGCUCGAUAUUUAUCCCAUCACCGAUAUCAUGGAGCAGAAUAAGAAGACGGCGUGGCCGCGGCCACAAGGAUCGACGGACGAUUACGACCCUAGGAGACCUCUCCAGUUCACCCGGGGACCGAAAUUCUAUCCGUCACCUCAGCCAUCACCCAUCCCUCUCGUAGCCAUGCCGAGUCCUACGACUUUGCCGGAGGAAGAGGAAAGGCAGCAAAUGAUAUUCCAUUUAAAUCUGUAUCCCCGGAAGAAGAACAAGCUUAAUAGACAUGACAUCAUCCACAGAUCGGAAAUGAUGGGACUCGAAGAGCAGCAGCAAUUCGCGAAGAAGAUAAUGUCACCGUUGGAAUCGAUCGCCAAACACCUGACCGAUCAUUCGACAAUCGAGGAGUCCGAUGACGAAAACCCGGAGACAACCCACUUGCCUUUAACACGGUAUCACGAGAUCAAUCUGGACGAAAAGGAUGACGGUCUCGAGUUAGAUAAGGAUUCAGAAAAUUAUCCAGAUUCGGAUCGCGCUGAGGAGAAUGUCACCGUGCCUUUGAAUCACAAAAUAACCGACGAGGACUAUGCCAGCACGGAAAAGUUCGACCUGCAGAAAACAACGGAGUCCACGACAAAGGACAGUGCAAAUUGUGACAAUGCGAAGUCGAUCGACGGUCCGAAGAGCAACGCGAGCAAAAGCGUCGACUUUUCGAAGGAUGUCGAUACCGUCGAAGGAUUUCAACGCUUCAGCGACGGUCUUCUGCGCUCCGACUGA